GUAGAAUGCAUCAAAACCUAUACUAGCUAGAAAUAUAUCUGAAAGUUCUUCUUGUUAUUAAAGAUCAGAUAUGGCUCCAAUUCCUGGCCAAAUGCCAAUUGGCAACUAUGUCCCAGUGUAUGUAAUGCUUCAGUUGGGAGUUGUUACUGCUGACAACGUUUUUCCAGACAAAGACAACGUUGAAGCGCAGCUGAAGAAGCUGAAAGACGCAGGUUGUGAUGGGAUCAUGGUGGAUGUGUGGUGGGGGAUCAUUGAAGCCAAGGGGCCUAAAGAGUAUGAUUGGUCUGCUUACAUAGAACUCUUCCAAGUUGUGAAGAAAUGUGGUCUCAAAAUCCAGGCCAUCAUGUCGUUCCACCAGUGCGGCGGCAACGUCGGGGACAAUGUUUACAUUCCCCUCCCGCCGUGGGUGCUCGCCGUCGGGGACAAAAACCCCGACAUCUUUUACACCAACAAGGCCGGGACUAGAAACCCGGAGUACCUUUCCCUUGGUGUUGAUAACCAAGCCCUCUUUCAGGGUCGUACUCCCAUUCAGAUGUAUAGUGACUUCAUGGUGAGUUUUAGAGACAACAUGAUGGAGUUUUUGGAGGGUGGAGACAUUGUAGACAUUGAAGUGGGGUGUGGGGCUGCUGGGGAGCUCAGAUAUCCUUCUUACCCAGAGACUCAAGGAUGGGUUUAUCCUGGUAUUGGGGAAUUUCAGUGUUAUGACAAGUACAUGGUAGCUGAUUGGAAGAAGGCCAACGAGGACGCGGGGCAUGGGAAUUGGGAGAUGCCGGGAAACGCCGGAACCUACAAUGACACACCGGACAAAACAGGCUUCUUUCAAACCAACGGCACUUACCAAACCGAUUUCGGCAAGUUCUUCUUGACCUGGUACUCCAACAAGCUCAUCAUUCAUGGUGACCAAAUCCUCGGAGAAGCCAACAAGGUUUUUGUCGGAUAUAAGGUCAACAUAGCCGCCAAAGUUUCUGGAAUCCAUUGGUGGUAUAAUGACUCGAGCCAUGCAGCAGAGCUGACGGCGGGGUUCUACAACCUGUUCGGGCGAGACGGAUAUCGCCCCAUAGCAAGGAUGUUGGGACGCCAUUAUGCAACUUUGAACUUCACAUGCCUUGAGAUGAGAAACUCCGAGCAGGACGCAGCAGCUAAGAGUGCUCCUGAACAACUUGUUCAACAGGUGUUGAGUGGUGGUUGGAAGGAGUAUAUUGACGUUGCAGGGGAAAAUGCACUGUCAAGAUACGAUGCGGCAGCCUACGACCAAAUACUAUUGAAUGUCCGACCAAAUGGUGUCAACCUUAACUGUUCUCCCAAGCUCAAGAUGUCCGGUUUUACGUACCUGCGAUUAUCCGACGAUCUCAUGCAAGAAGACAACUUCCAGCUCUUCAAGACUUUCGUGAAGAAGAUCCAUGCUGAUCUUGAGGCGUCUGCAAAUAACGCCGAGACUUCUCCGCCUGUUCUGCAGAAAUCAAAGCCGGCGCUUUCAAUGGAGGAAAUCUUGGAAGCAAGCAAAGGAAGCAGGGCAUAUCCAUGGUAUGAUACCACAGAUAUGCCUGUGGAUGGGUCCAACCCCUUUGGUUGAUCUGAUCAGAGAUUGAGAGAGGUUUUAUUGAAUAGUAAUAAUAAUACUCCAAUUCUCAGAUCUGAUAAUGGAGUUUGUAUUUUCAUGGUUUUGUGAGUGCAAUAAAUGAUUGUGUGGCAGCUGGGAAUAAACUUCUUCAUUUACUUGGCAUGGGUGCCUUGUUAAUAAGGAGUUCAUUCCCAUUUCCUAUUUCACCUUCUUGAAAUAAAUAAAUAUAUAUUAUUAAAGAAUAA